AUGGGGGACUUUUGGGCCUCGGUAAAGGGAGGAACUGGAGAGAGAGAAUGUCUCUUUUUAAAUGCUUGGGAGGCUCCAGGUCUCUUCACCCUGUUGGUAGAAGAUUUUGGAGUUAAAGGGGUGCAGGUUGAGGAAAUCUACGAUCUACAAAGCAAAUGCCAGGGUCCUGUGUACGGGUUCAUCUUCCUCUUCAAAUGGAUUGAGGAGCGCCGGUCCCGCCGGAAGGUCUCCACCCUGGUGGACGAGACGUCGGUGAUCGACGAUGACAUUGUCAAUAAUAUGUUCUUUGCUCAUCAGCUGAUUCCCAACUCCUGUGCCACCCACGCCUUGCUGAGCGUCCUCCUGAACUGCAGCAGUGUGGACCUGGGGCCGACGCUGAGUCGCAUGAAGGAUUUCACCAGGGGGUUCAGCCCAGAGAGUAAAGGCUAUGCCAUUGGGAAUGCUCCGGAGCUGGCCAAGGCCCAUAACAGCCAUGCCAGGCCAGAGCCUCGGCACCUGCCGGAGAAGCAGAACGGAAUCAGCGCCGUGCGCACCAUGGAGGCUUUCCACUUCGUCAGUUACGUUCCCAUCAAGGGGCGGCUCUUCGAGUUGGACGGGCUGAAGGUCUAUCCCAUCGACCACGGGCCGUGGGCUGAGGAUGAGGAGUGGACGGAUAAAGCCAGGAGAGUGAUCAUGGAGCGAAUCGGCCUGGCCACCGCAGGGGAGCCGUACCACGACAUCCGCUUCAACCUGAUGGCGGUGGUGCCCGACCGGAGGAUGAAGUACGAAGCGAGGCUGCACGUCCUGAAGAUGAACAGGCAGACUGUGCUGGAGGCCCUGCAGCAGCUCAUCCGGGUAACUCAGCCGGAGCUGAUCCAGACCCAGAAGUCCCAGGAGUCUCAGGCGGCCGAGCAGCCCAGGCCAGCCGGCAGCAAGGCCUGUGCAGCACCGGAGACGAGCAGAGCCCAGCCGACCCCGGAGAGCUCGCACCCCGGUACGGGAUUCGACUCGACGGGCCAGGGCCACCCCGCCUCUGCACAGAGCCUGCCCCACAGGUCCAAGGUGGGAGCCAAGGCCCCUGGGAGCUGCCUCAACGGGGCUCCCGCAAACCCCAACCCCAUCGUGCAGCGACUCCCGGCCUUUCUGGAUAACCACAACUACGCCAAGUCGCCCAUGCAGGAGGAGGAGGACCUGGCCGCAGGGGUGGGCCGGAGCCGGGUUCCCGUUCACCAGCACUACUCCGAUGACGAGGACGACUACGACGACGAGGAGGAGGAAGUUUGUAGCGCUGCCGCGGCCAUCAGGGCGGACGAGAAGGAGGCGAGCGAGCCAGGCGACAGCAGAGAGAAGGUGGCGCUCUGCCGGCCCAGUGACCACCCUUGCGGGGAGAAGUAUUCGCCCAAGACUGGCCCUGUGCCGCUGUCCGGCGGGGCCUUCCCUUUCCCCGUCCUGGGCCCCGCGCCGCACUGGGGCAGGGGGCUCACGCUCUGCUCGGCUCUGCCAGGAGCUGCUGGCGAGAUUGUGAACUACGAGGCCUGCCUGAAGGAGGAGGUGGAGAAGAGGAAGAAGUUCAAGAUCGACGACCAGAGAAGAACCCACAACUACGACGAGUUCAUCUGCACCUUCAUCUCCAUGCUGGCUCAGGAAGGCAUGCUGGCCAGCCUUGUGGAGCAGAACAUCUCGGUGCGCAGGCGGCAAGGCGUCAGCAUCGGGCGUCUGCACAAGCAGAGGAAGCCGGACCGCCGGAAACGCUCCCGGCCCUACAAAGCCAAGCGCCAGUAGCCGGGAGGGGAGCAGAGAUGCCAGCGCUCGGCCCAGGGAGACGGACCCAACGGGAACGCCGGGGCUGGCUCGCCCCGUGCUGGAAUAGAGCCGGCGCCCACCCCGUGAG